AGUAUUCCAGUGUCCAUGAAUUGAGCAAAUUUUCAUUUGUGAAAAAAAUGUAAUUAGAAGUUUAAUUUGACAAACUUCUUUUAUUGUUGGAAAUUAGUUCCUAAAUUUUUCUCUAAUGUUCUAUUUGACCAAUAACGUACUUGUAUAAAGAAAUUGAAAUUUCCAUUCAACAGAUCGAAAAUAGUGCCGGUAAUAUAGGUUGUGUCGAUACGCAGAUGCAAUAAAAAUGAAACCUUUGUGAUGGAUAGUUAUUGUUUACUGUUUAAAAUUUACUGAAGCUGUUAUAUGCAUAAUGAUAGUCUUUUAAGAGUUUUAAAAUAGAUAAAUAAAAUAAAAUAUCAUCGAAGCUGUCAUCGUGGCGAGGAAAUUCGUAGUUCUUGUAAAAAUAUCUUGUUACUAAAAGUUGUUAAUUAAAAAUGAUUAAAAGAAAAAGUUCAGUUAAACGUCAGUCUAGAUACAGUUCUGCUAUUUUAAAUUCCAACUCGGAGACUUUUGGCGAUGAAUAUUCACAUUGGUGGAAAAAUGUGGAGGAUAACUCAUUGACGAGGCCGUCAACAAAUUCAAAUGUUUUGAAUCAGACCAGCCGUUAUUUAGAUUCUAACUCAGAAAUGGAAGCAAGCUUGACUACGGACGACUGGUGGAAAGUACUGGACAUCUCAAAUUCCUCAAAAAUGAACAACAACGUAGUACAAAGGAAUUCUGUGAUGAAUGUGCAGACAUCAGAAUCUGAAGAGGAGUCCGUAGUCAAAAAAAGAAAACAUUCCCUGCUUCUGAAAGGAAGGAAAAGCAAAGAUAAUAUCUUUUUGAAUGCUCUUAACGACUCUGUGUCAUCUAAAUUGAAAGUUGCAGAAAAGACUAGACGAAGAAAAAGUUCUAUGUCACCUGGCAGAACAAUCCCUAAUGCGCAACAGUCGGAUAGAGUAGAGGAACGCAGUUUAGAUCACAGUCAAAGCACCAAUGAUAUUUUAAAAUCAAAGCCUAAUAUUUUCAGGAGAAAUUACAAGAGUCAGAACAGAAAUCCGUUUAUCGACGUGUUGAAAGAGAGUGAGUUAGAACCUUCUUCCCCUAGAAGGGCAAAAUCUCAAACAAUAGUCUCCGAUAAUGAGCAGCAAAUUGAAAGAAAGGAUUCAAUUCCUGCUGCGACCAAAGCCUCGACUUCUAAUAAAUCGGUGGCAAAUCAGCUUGAAUUAACAUCUGAAAAUGAAAAUGACGUUUCACAUUUUCGGACACCAAAAGCACAGAGAACAAUGUUUGAAGAUAAUAGUCCAUCCGUACAUAAUAGUACCAAGAGAAGCAAUGACAGCGCGUAUGACACGAUAUUGAAACCGAAAUCAAGACUGCUGGCAAACUAUCGUAAGAAUAGAAACAAAAAUCUAUUCGAGAAUGCACUUGAAAGUCAGAAAGACACUUCCAGAGUACAGGAGACUUUAUUGCACGGUUCGUCAUUGCCGUUACAGUCUCCUUCGAGGGAGAGAGUCUCAACUGGUUCUGCACAGUUGCAACCAACGGUUGUUAGAACGUCUAGCCCGCAGAAAACCAACGUUUCCAAAGGACAGAAGAGUGUUAGGCAUUUUUUGAAAUCUGACAAAAUGUUACCGGCGUCGCAGGUGUUCCGCGACAAAGAUAAAGUGGACGGGAUCAAACGAAAACUAGAUAUGGUGAAGAAACGAGAAAUAGCCCGUAUGAAGAUGGACGAGAACAAGCAAAAGAACGCAAAGAAGUCGUCGUCGGUGGUAAGAAAAAUAGAUGAGGUCGAGGAAGAUAGGAAACCGAGGUUGCAAAAGCAACGCUCCACGAGACAAAUUCACAAGGCCUUUCUGGUGAACGGGCAACCGUACCGGGUACCUCGGCUUCCCCGUCCACAAUACUGGAUUACCGAUCGUCUGUAUAAAUAUCUGUGGAAGUGUAUGGAACCGAGAUUCAAGCUGGAAACGAGAAUCGCCUCCGAGAAGUUCGUGCAUCAGUUAUCCAACGUAACAACGUUGAUCGUCAAACGAAAAUCGUACUCGAGUUACAAGGCCGAAUUGCACGCGUUGAUGAAAGAGAUGGCGCGGCUUGGAAUUAUCCGUACACGGAACGAUUUUUACAACUUUUGCCACGAUUUCUUUCCGUACGAGCUUCGCGUGAGAACGGUGCCGAUGCUGCUACCUGGAAAUAAAAAAAAUAUACCGUACAACGCGAACGAGUUGCACGAACCUCUUCUCGCCUCUUUGACUUCUGUUACUUGACGUAUCACAUAAUAAUCAAUAAUGUCACGUUCAAUUGCAGUAACAUAUCGCACGGACCACGAUAAAUGUAUCUCUGUUGUAUUUGAAGAGAUCUCGCGCCGCAAUUGUUUAUAUUUUUAUAACCAACGUGAUCAUCUUUAGUCCCAUUGAAUUCAUUUUCUACGUAGAAUGUACUUGGUUAUUUCUAUAAUUUCGGCCAAUCGGUAUUCGAUAUUUUAGCGUUUAAAUAAAAAGAUCUUGAAGUUUCUUCAAAAGAUCAAUGCAGUUUCUUCUCUUUUUUUCUUUUCAUGAUGUCUCUCGUAUCCGUGUGUUAUACAAUUAUACACUUACAGCAACUACGUUACUAGCCGAAGUGCGAUUGUAAAUUGUACAUUACGAAUAUAUUUACAAAUUCAUCUUUGUACCAGUCAAGUACUGUCGUCAGUGAACAAGUUUCGAGAUGAACAGUAAAAUAUGAAAUAUACAAAAUUGCGUGAAACAUAAAACAGUACAUUGAGAAAACGAAAACCAGAAUUCCUAAACCUAACCUAAAUGUUCGUGACGAGUGAAAGGAAUGAGUAUCCACAGAUCGCCGUGUCAAAG